AUGUGGGACAUCCAGGGCAGUGGGGCCCUCCAGUCACCCCGUGCUAAUGGCAGUGUCCGCUGGGAGCCCGCGGCGCUGCCAAGGGAUGACUCCCUCUUACAGGCUGGAGUUUGCAGGAGUUUGCCUGGCACUGCAAAAAGGCCGAAACUGGCAGCAUCCCCCGUGCUUCCGAGUGUUUGCAUCCCUAUCCCAUAUUUUACACUGCAGUACAGGAAAAAGAAAGCAAAGAUGAUUGUGCAUGUGUGUUCCUAUGAUAAUAUCCACUGGUGCUGUGUCUGGCUGGUCAGGACGAGGCCUGGAGCCGUGCUCGGUUGGUCUCCUACAUCUGUGACAGAAGGCGAGAGCCCCUUUGUGCUGAACAAGCCUUGUGAGGACCUCUUAGAUGUUCAUACGGCAGCCCGGGGCCGGGGCUGCACCCCUGUUCAGAUAUGGGAUCAAAGUGCUGCAAAGUUAGCAGAUUGGAAAGUGAAAAGGAAACACAGGGCUAAUCAGGAACAUGGCUAUGAAAGGGUUGCAGGUGAUGGCCAUUGCCGGCAGGCCGGGAGCCACCCAGGAGGGCACCGCGACGCCACGGAGCAGCUAGCGGUGGUGGUGCAGCUGAAUCACGGCACCAUGGAAGGCAACGGCGUGGCGACGCUGGCGACGGAGGAGAACGGGGAUGAGCUGAGCACCCCGACGGAGCCCCUGACCUCCCCCUGCAGCCUCAGCUCCUCGCUGUGCUUCAGUGGUGAUGAGCGCAGCGCGCAGCCACAGCCCGACGGCACUGGGGUGCCCGAGGGGGCCAACGCCAAGGGCUGUGCCAUGUGCGUCCUCCACAACUACCUCUUCCUGGCCGGGGGUAUCGCAGCAGGGCCGGCAGGCAGCGAGCCUCGCACCCGCCUCUCCGACAAGGUCUUCUGCUACAACCCCCUCACGGACACCUGGAGCCAGGUGCGCUCACUGGCCCAGCCCCGCUCGCAGCUCAAGCUGCUGGCCCUGGAUGGCUACUUAUACGCCGUGGGCGGCGAGUGCCUCUUCACCGUGGAGAAGUAUGACCCACGGUCUGACCGCUGGAGCCCUGUGGCACCCCUGCCCAAGGGUGCCUUCGCUGUGGCCCACGAGGCCACCACCUGCAACGGUGAGAUCUACGUGUCCGGUGGGUCCCUUUUCUACCGCCUGCUCAAGUACGAUCCCAAGCGUGAUGAGUGGCAGGGACCCUUCCGCUGCGCUGCCUUGGGCAACACCAUCUACUGUGUCAACCGGACCGGCACCCUCCGCUUCAGCCUGGCCCAGGAUGGCGAGGUGGAAGCAGAUGGAGGACUCAAGGGCGCCUUUGACAGGGAGCUUCUCAAAGCCCCCUUGGAUGCCAAGGGUGUCCUCCUCCCCUUCGUGCUCACGCUGCCAGAGAAGCUGGACAAAGCUGGGGAGCAGGAGGGCUCCUUCACACUGUGA